ACGUGUGUAAUCACAGACGGUUUGCUCUAACUGAGUGACACGGGCAUGACCUGUCUUGAGAUCUCAUAAGACAUUGCAUCUUUGCCUUGAUGGACUCACCGUGUUUUGACCACAUCCUGCUGGUCCUCUGUCUCCUCUUCCUGGUCUGCAUCCAUGGCAAUGCUCAAGGCCCAUGUGAAAUUGAGGUGCCAAUCAAAAGAAACACUGUUUGGAAUGCUGUCCCUCAGAAACAGCUGACAAUCAACUGCCCUGUGAAACAUUGUGGAGAAACCUUACGUGUCACCUGGUGUAAAUUUGAGGACGCCAACUGCAAACAAAUCAAUGAGACAGAGCAAGUCAAAAUUGGAUGGAAACCAUUUUCUAGAGGGUCAGAAAAUCAUAUUGCAUUUUUGGAUUUUAAGAAGAUAUCUAUGAAUGACGAUGGUUCGUACAGAUGUGGAAUGGCUGGGAAUAAAUCAUCAAUUGUUAGCCAUGCUAUCAAUGUCUCUGUCUCAGACGACUCACCAAAUGCAAAGCAUAAUGAGAAAUAUCUGAGCUGGCUGCCGUAUGUUUACAUCUGUGUGGGAAUAGUACUGUUGGUGGUCGUGGUGACAGCAAUCUCCUUCCUCUGCAUGUAUGGAUGUAAAGAACCAACAAGGUCAACAAAUAACGGGAUAAAGGAGCAGGCAGCACCAUGUCCAGACCUCUCCUCCUGCUCUAAGGGAACCUUUCCAUCAUCACCAUUCACACCAAACCCUGCCCACUCCGACAAUCUCUACAACAAUGGUCCCUAUGGCAGACACAUCAACAGGGCAUCGGCACACAGCCUCCUGAUGACAAACGGAACUCUUCCUUCCUCGGAUAUCACAGCUGGAGAUCAAGGGUCAAACCACCUUGUGUACGCUAGCCUGAACCACCAGACCCUUAGAGGGUCCCCGAAACCCCCCCAUAUCCCAACCCCCCAGGAUGAAUGCUCAGAGUACGCAGCCAUCCGAGUCCACUGAGCCCAUAGGCUCUGAAAGAGACCUCAUCCAGACCAUAACGGCACGGUGCUGCUGACUGCUUUACUGUUUAAGUUGUCUUCUUUGAUGGAUCUUCUCACUGAAAAAGAGGAAAGCUGAACAUAUUUUGUGUAUGAAAAUCUCACUCCUUAGGGGGAUUCAUGUUUUUAUAUAUAUAUAUACCACCACAACAUUCAUGUUUUUAUAUAUAUAUAUAUGUAUAUAUAAACAUGAAUCCCCCUAAGGAGUGAUAUAACUAACACACACUCUUCCUGGUGUCAUGGAAAUGUUGAGCAGUGUGUUAACCGCAGUGCAGCAGUAUUUCUGAGAAAAAAAAAAUGAUUUAAAGAUCGGGGGAUUGGGGUGAGACAGGUGGGCAAGGGUUAGAGCUGGAGAAUAUGUGCUUCUGAGUGUAAACCCUCCUUCACAUCACACCUCAGAGUUAGAGGAGCAAAAUAAUGUCAGCUAGCAGUGUGUAUCACAAACGUUAUCUCACACAUAAUGAUGAUAAACCAUCAUUUGUUAUUGACUAUCAAAAUAUAUAUUUUAAUGAAGAAACCACUGAGCCACUUUUGUGAUUAUUAGUGAUGAUUUGGGGAUAUAACAGGGAAAAAUAACUCAUACCGAACAUUUUAUGUCCCUGUGUGUGACUAAAUGUGUGUGCCUGUGUCUAUAUGUCUGCAUAUGACUCACUCAGUAUGAGUGAGUGAGUGAGUGAGUGAGUGAGUGAGUGUGUGUUGGUGUAUAUUUAUGCACAGAUACGCGUGUUUGUACGCAUGUGCUGGCUACAGGUUGGGGGCUUUCCAUGGUUUAUGUAAAAUGUUGAGCCCACCACAUAGCCGAAACAGUGAGUCCCUGUAAAUAGAUGUUCUCCCUCUUGAGAGAGUAUGGAAAUUCCAUUCAAAUGUAAUAUGAAUGUAACAUGAAAGUGCAUAUGACUGUCUCUAUGGUCAUAGGAAGAUUGCAAUAAAUAGGUAAUAGAUUGCAUAACUGCAAAAUGAUGUGGGUGUGGCAUGAUUGUAAUAGUGACACAUACAGUGACACAUUCCAAUCUCAAUUAUUGUCAAUUAAUUUCAAACAUGUUCGUUUGAAGGUUACAUGUUUACUAUGCAACUACUCAAUUACAAUACAGUAUCCUUCACCAGAGAAUAGUGCAAGAGAAAUGUCCCUAAUUUUAUAAAGAAAUUGCGACAUAGACUAUUAUUACCAUUUGAAGCAAGAGUGGCUAGUUUUUGAGAAUGUGAAAUAAAG